AUGAAUCAACCUUGUGCUUUAAAAUCUUCACUUAUUCUCAUGUUUUCCUUAAUUUUUCAACCAUUAGUCAACAGUCAACUCGAUUACAAAUUCUAUGAUUCCACUUGUCCUAACUUAACAAAAAUCGUUAAGUUCAACCUCUGGUCAGCCAUGAAUAACGACUCCAGGAUCGCUGCUUCGCUUCUUCGCUUGCAUUUUCACGAUUGUAUUUCUAAUGGGUGUGAAGGGUCGGUGUUACUUGAUGCAACCAAUAGUUUCCAGAGUGAAAAGGACGCAAAUCCUAAUAGAAAUUCAGCAAGAGGAUUUGAGCUUAUUGAGAGCAUAAAAGCAAACGUUGAAAAAGCUUGUCCGGGAACUGUUUCUUGUACCGAUAUAUUGACACUCACAGUUAGAGAAGCCGUCUUCCUCUCGGGAGGGCCUUACUAUUCUUUACCCAUGGGGCGUCGUGAUGGCCUAACAGCGAAUAUAACCUUAGCAAACACCGAUAUUCCAUCGCCUUUCGAGCCUCUGGACAACAUCACCACAAAAUUUACUACAAAAGGUCUUAACCUAAAAGACAUGGUUGUACUCUCAGGUGCACACACGAUAGGAUUUGCACAAUGUUUCACAUUCAAGCAACGCCUAUUCAACUUUGAUGGAUCGGGUGGGCCCGAUCCACUACUCGAUGCGUCACUUGCAAGCAGCUUGCAAACAGUGUGUCCGAAUCAAGAUGAUUCGAACACAAAUCUGGUCCCACUGGACGCAGUUACCACAACAAAGUUUGACAAUGUUUAUUAUAGAAACCUCGUGAAUAAUUCGGGAAUUUUGGGUUCAGAUCAGGCUCUUAUGACUGAUAAUAGAACAUCGGGUAUGGUUUUAAAUUAUAGUAAGUUUCCGUAUUUGUUUGCUAAAGAUUUUGGUGCGUCGAUGGUGAAGCUGAGUACUGUUGGUGUUAUUAAGGGGCAAAAUGGUCAAAUUAGAAAUAAAUGCAAUCUUGUGAACUAGAAAGGUUGUGGAUUUGAUCGAAAACUUGGUCAUGUGUGUAUGAAUAAGCAGAAAUAUUUUGAAUAUUUGUCACAAACAUGUGAUAUAUUGUAUGGAU